UCCAGACGUCGCUGGGAGAACAGAAAGACAGUCUGUGCGGGCAGACAGACCCGAGAGGCAGAGGCAAAGAGGGGACUCCUGCACGCUGCGAGCUGAGUCGCGAGCAUCCCUCCCUUCCCACCUCCAGCCGCAACCCGGCGCAUCCUCCCGUCUAGGGCUCCAUCGGGUUAAGCGCAGGGGACUUCCAGCAGCCGGGGGAAAGAAAUAAAGAGACUUCUUAGGGGCUUCUGCGACUCAAGUGAGGGGGGCAGAUCCCACGGCCGCCCGAUCUACGAGUCCCAGACAAGCAGGGCAUUAAGUUUUCCGCGCCAUCGCCCUGCCAUGGAAAGGAUCACCAGCGCCCAGCCGCCCCCCGCCUCCAUAGGCAAAGUGCCGGGACUGGACCCCAGCGACAUGGCAGGGAUGGAUUUUGCCCACAUGUACCAAGUGUACAAACCGAGAAGGGGAUUAAAGAGGAGCGAGGAUAACAAGGAGACCUAUAAAUUGCCGCACCGACUGAUCGAGAAGAAAAGACGUGAUCGGAUUAAUGAGUGCAUCGCCCAACUGAAAGACCUCUUACCCGAACAUCUCAAACUUACUACGUUGGGUCACUUGGAGAAGGCUGUGGUUCUUGAGCUUACCUUGAAGCAUGUGAAAGCACUCAGCAACCUGAUUGAACAGCAACAGCAGAAGAUUAUGGCUCUUCAGAGUGGCUUACAAGCCGGUGAGCUAUCCUCAAGAAACCUUGAUGCUGGCCAGGAGAUGUUCUGCUCUGGUUUCCAAAUGUGUGCCAGGGAGGUACUGCAGUACCUGGCAAAGCAUGAAAGUAGUCGGGAUCUGAAGUCUUCGCAACUAGUCAGUCACCUCAACCGAAUGGUCUCUGAGGUCCUGCAGGGUGGAACUGUCCACAAGCCCAGUGAUCCCACCCCCAAAAUGAUGGACUUCAAAGAGAAGCCCAGCUCCCUGACCAAAGGCAUUGAAGGGCACGGGAAAAAUUGUGUCCCAGUCAUCCAAAGGACUUUUGCCCAUUCUAGUGGUGAGCAGAGUGGAAGUGAUACAGACACUGACAGUGGUUAUGGAGGGGAGUUGGAGAAAAGUGACUCUAAAGCCGACCAGCAGUAUUUUAAAAAUGAUAAUGAACGCAAAUAUCCCCUGGGAGAAAGAGUAAGCACCAUCAAGCAAGAGUCAGAAGAUCCACCUGCAAAAAAGACCAGACUUGAUAUUUCUGACAGGGAAAGCCAUUAUAGCAGCGAUCUGAUGGGGUCUUCCUUUCUGGGCCCUCACCCUCACCAGCCUCCCUUCUGCCUGCCUUUUUAUUUGAUCCCACCAUCAGCAACAGCCUAUCUGCCCAUGUUGGAGAAGUGCUGGUAUCCCACCUCUGUCCCAGUCUUAUACCCUGGGCUCCCUGCUUCAGCUACAGCUCUCACUGGCUUCAUGAACCCAGAGAAGAUCCCUCCUCCUUUGCUGAUGCCCCAAAGACUCCCGUCUCCAUUGCCAUCCCAUUCCUCCAUCGACUCCUCAGCUCUGCUCCAGGCUCUGAAGCAGAUUCGCCUUUAAACUUGGAAACCAAAGACUAAACCUAGUUGUAACUCUGCCCUCUUUUAUUUUGCCCCUUAAAAAAAAGUCUAAUGAGACUGAGUUUGUAUAUCCAGAUAAAAACGGAGGUGUGGAGAUUAGGCUUGGGUGUGUGUGUGUGUGUGUGUGUGUGUGUGUGCGUGUGUGUGCAUGAGCGUGCACAUGCGCACGCGCGUGUGUAUGUGUAUGAGUGAGUGUGCGUAAGUAUAGGACAUGGAAGCCACGUUUGGCUCCAGCAGUCAGAAAGCUUAGGGAAAACAUGAAGGAUGGACCUAGGUUUAACAUAUGUAGGGUUUGGGUUAUUUGGCAUCAUUUUGUUUGAAUAAAACCUCCCAGAUUUUACCCAUCUAGAAAAUAGCUAUUGAAAACAAAGUCGACUGAAUUAUUCAAAACUGUGACUUCUAUUUAUUCAGUUAUCCAGAUUUAAAUUUGGGGAGAGGGCUACAGGGGGAGGAUAUUUUGGUUUUGUUCUUUGGUGAACUGGAAUAUGGUACUUUCAUGUGAGGACUUGAGAAAGCACAGCUCCCCACCAGGCCCACAGCUUGAGACGGACGGAUUCCACCCCACCCAUCCCCAGUAUUUUCCGUGUGACUCACACACAAAGGGCAGUCAGUCUGAGCACUGGUGUUGUUGAUCUCCAUCCAGAAGCUGUAAAGUACCCCCACUGGCAUUGUCCUGGAGUGUUUCUGGGAGACUUUAGAUGGCUUUCUCUCCACACCUUGGCCUUGGAUGAGCAGAGAGAGCAUAGUUGCUGCUUAAGCUUUAUAUGGUAAUUAUCUGAUUAAGGAGCUAAAAUUUGCCCAGUUGGACAGCCUGAACCGCCAAAGAAUGAGUGAGGAGUAUCCCAGGAGAUGGAUUUGGCACCCGAUUCUCCUCCCCUCUUGCAACUGCUGCAUGAGUGUCCGAGGUACAGGAGAGCAGAGAGCCCCAAAUUAAAAGAGCUCCUUAAAUUACAAGAGUGAGUUAGAACCCACCGUGCCAGGGCAUGAAUUGCUACCUUAAAAGAGCAAAUUUGAACAUAGUUUUUUUUUUGUUGAAACUCCUGCUAAUUGGUCUUAGCCCCUCAACUACCUGACCACCCUAGACCAGAUUGUUUCUGCAGUGAUAGUGCCCCUGUGUGAUGGCUUACAGCAACUGUCUUAACUGCAAAAAAAAGAAGAAAAAAAGCAUAUCUCCUUAGUUUUCAAAAAAAUUGUGUCCAGAGUAAUUGUUUUCUGAAUUGUCUGUCUACGACUGCAUCAGCUAUUGAAUGCACUAUGCCUGACUGUGUUUUAACUUCUUUUGGAAUAUAAAGUUAUUGCCUUUAUUUGUAAAAUUGUUAUAUAUUAUAUAUAAAUAUAUUAAAAAGUCAAAUGUUUCAGAUGUUUAUUUGUAUAAUUACUUGAUCAAAACAAGUGAGAAACAUGAAUGUAUUUCUGUUUUCAGAGAGAAGAAUAAUUUUCUCUAGAGAGAGGUACAGUGUUUAUAUUUUGGAACCUCCUUGAAGGUGUAAAAUUGUAAAUAUUUUUAUCUAUGAGUAAAUGUUAAGUAGUCGUUUUAAAAUACUUAAUAAAAAUAAUCCUUUUCCUGUGGAAUAUAA